AUGGAUCUGGAAAAAGCCAUAGAGGCGGGGAAAGGCUACCAUUAUUUCAUUGAUGAAUUGCAAGAUAUAGAUGAACUAAACGAAGAUGGAUUGUCACCUCUUCAUCUAGCUGCCCAAAGCAAUCAAUUACCUGUCGUUGAGUAUCUUCUGGCCAAGGGAGCCGACGUCAACAUCAAAGCAGGAAACAACAGAAACGGAAAUAUCACUCCACUACACCUAGCAUCUGAGCAUGGAUUUAUUACCAUAGUAGAAGCCCUUGUUAAUUCACGUCAAGCUGCAGUAGACCUGGUCGACAGGGCCAAUGAAACAGCGCUGAGAAAAGCCUCGACGAAAGGACAUGCCGAGAUUGCGACACUCCUUAUCUCAAAAGGUGCCGACGUUCACAAAACCUGCUGUUGCGGCUGGACGCCAUUGCAUGCAGCGUGUAAAUUUGGUCAUUUUGACACUGCAGAAGUUCUCGUUACCAAUGGGUCAGAUUUGAAUUGCAAAUCGAAGGAUGAAGCUACACCUAUCCUCAUCGCUGCAACGUAUGGCCAUACUGAAAUAGUUAAAUUUCUUGAGUCAAAGGGGGCCGAUUUUAAAAUUUGGAACCACGAGGGGUGGACACCUUUGCACCACGCGGCCAAGGCAAGUCAUUUGGACAUAGUGCAAUACCUCAUCGAAAAGGGCGAUGACGUAAAUAAAACCACUCAUCACGGCCAAACGCCAUUACAUGCCGCAGCGAAUGGGGUCUACGGAUGCAAGAUAGUGGAAUAUUUGGUAAGUCGCGGCGCAGAACUUGACAAACUCGACAAGAGAGGAUUCACACCACUCCAUCAAGCCGCAUGGGAAGGCCAGUUUGACACCGUCCAGUAUCUUAUAUCUAAAGGAGCAGACGUAAACAGAAGGGAAAAUGAAGUAGGGAGAUCCCCUCUCCGCUUUGCUACCUGUAAUAGCAGUUUAGAUAUUGUAAAACAUCUAGUGAGUAAUGGUGCAAAUAUCGAAGAACAAGACAAGCUCGGAUGUACUCCGCUUCAUCAUGCCGCUCAUCACGGGAAUCUUGAGUUCAUUCAGUUUCUGAUUGCACAAGGAGCUGAUCGAAACAAAUGUGACAAUAAUGGCGACUCUCCUAUCAUUGCAGCUGUAGCUGCGGGCCACUUGGACACUAUAAGAUACCUAAUCCGUAGCGGGGCAAGAGUGGACCAUAGCAAUAAGAAUGAUGAGACUGCCUUGCACCGUGCUGUAUCAAAGGGACGCGUGGACAUCGUUCGUUUUCUGCUCUCUACCGGUAUGCAGAUUGACAAAAAACAACAUGAGGGUUUGACUGCUCUUCACUCUGCAGUAUAUCAAGGCAAUGUUCAGAUUGUCAAAGUGCUGGUGAACGAGGGAGCGAACACUGAGACAGUAAACAAAUCUGGAUGGGCGCCAUUGCAUCAUGCAUCGCAACAGGGGCAUCUUGUUAUCGUGAAAUAUCUUGUUGAUGAAAUCGGGACAGACGUUGACACACUGAAUAAAGAUGAUCUGACAGCACUACACAUCGCAAGUUAUAGCGGUCGUGUAGAUAUUGUAAGAUUUUUAACAACCCAAAGUGCGGAUGUGAACAGCUGCACAAGAGAUGGUUGUACUCCUCUUCAUUACGUAGCCGAAACGGGACAUCUAGCCAUUAUGAGAUACCUCGUAGGUAAGGGAAGUGACCUUGAGAGGAACUGCGACAAAGGAUGGACCCCGCUCCACUACGCCGCAUGGAAGGGUCGCCUGAACAUCGUAAAUUUUAUUCUCAGUCAACCGGAGCAUAGGAUUGAAUUAUUAAACUGGCCAGGAAAGGAUGGCUCCACAUCACUUCAUCUUGCUGCUGGGUCUGGUCACUUAUCGACGGUAGAAACUCUGAUAAACCACGGAGCUGACUUGAAAAACCAACUGAACAACGGUCAGACAAGCCUUCAUCUAGCUGCUCAGCACCUGGAUAGUCACAAGAAAUCCAACUCAAAAGAAAACACGCAAGGAAAUAAUUCCAAAGCUAAGAAAGUACUUGAGCUCCUGCUGAUGAAGGGAUCUGAUGUAAACGUGAAAGAUGAGCAUGGAAAGGCUGCAAAGGACUACGUCAAAGACCAGGCCACAAGACAGUUGAUCUGCAGCUAUGGUGCUGACACUAAGAGUGAACACACCAUUCCGAAAAAGAGAAUAUCAUAUAAGGACCAGCAUAGCUUUGAGAAGAUGCUGACGAAGUUAGCCGACCAUAUCUCCGAUGGGAGCAUACGGCUCCUUGGUGAGGCCUUGGGGUUUCAUGAGGUACAGAUUGAACGAUUCAAGGAGACUAACCGGAAAGGCGCCAGCGUAACGGCAGAAGGGACACGACAAAUGCUUCAAGAGUGGUUCUUCAAGUCGUCUAAAGACGAUAGAGUACUGAAGUUGGAAAAAGCAUUGGUAAAUGCUAAUCUGCAUCAGCUUGUAGAAACGCAUCUACGCGAGUGAUCUUUUCUGAAAAAUGUUUGGUUUACAACCUAAUAGGGAUUGAGGGCACUAUUGUUGGUGGGUUGUUUCAGUUUAAAGCGCUUUAUUGCAGAAUAAAAAAAACCCAGUGAACAUGAACGCGUUGAAUAGGCACAAUAUUUUUCCCCUGAUCCCCCUAAAAUGAUUAUAGAAUUAAUGCAUACCACAAAAAUUAGACCCAUAAUCAUCGAUGAUCUAUCAUAGCUUAAUCAUAAGAAGAAUUGACAAUAACAUCCAAGAAACACAACGACGUCACACCAAUCCUCAAAGAACUCCGCUGGCUACCCAUCGAAUCACGAAUUCGCUUCAAAGGCCUUCUAAAUAACAUUUAACGAUGUCCACGGUCUUGCCCCUCAAUAUAUUUCUGAACUCAUUUCUCCAUACACUAAGAUCAUCAACCCGGCAAUUUCUUUAAGGACUGUACCUGUAUAGACAAAGACGCAUGGCAAAAGAUCCUUCACUUACUAACAGUGCCCUUUGGAAUUCUUUCCCAGUACUCUCCGAUCGCAAAAUAAUUUUGGCUUUUCCAAUCCCAACUUGAAAGAUAUAUUGUUUCAAAGAAGUGUUUAUUUAGAUAAUUCCUUAUCCUUUAGCCAUAUGUAGUUGGUUAAUAUUGAUGCUGUUUAUGUGUAAUAUUACUAUUCUAAUCCAUAUAAUGAAUAAUUUUAUUUCUGUAAAGUGCAUUGUGUGUCCUAACAGGUCUGAAAUGCUCUUUAUGUGAACACUGUCUAAUAUUGUCAUUAUCAUUAUUAUUAUUAUUACAAUUAUUAUUAUUAUCAUCAUCAUUAUCAUUGUAAAGCUUAGAAUCCAAUUUUUUAACCUGAUGUAACUCAACUCGUUCAUCAUUCACGCAUGAUUGAGUAAAACGGUUUGAAGAAAAUAGACCAAAAGUAUUAAACUUGGAGGGCAGUCUGAACUUCAAAAAGAAAAUCAAUUUUAGCUCUUUAAUUUUGAAACCUUAAUCUCUAGGUUAUACGCAGUUAACAUGACGUCCAUAAAUGGAUAUAACCCUGAAUUACUUAAUGAACUCUACAGGAGUUGUUAAAAAAUUUAAAUAGCCGUAAUCAAUUUAUUAAAAGAUUAAAUAUAAAAAAAACUUUGUUGUUUAAGAUGUUAAUCAUUUAUUUAAACUGUUAAGUUCAUAUAUAGGUCUGGUACAAAAAAGUUUACAAUUUCAAACAGCGUUUGUACCGUGUAGAAUGGUCAAGGAAUAUCAAAGUUCUGCUUUUUUGAGAGAAAAAAUGCUUGCAUUUCAAUAAUUUCAUUAAACAAUUUUCAUGGAUUUACCAUGCACCGUUACUAGAUAUCGCACGUUUAACCGAGGACUUUAUAACAUCCCAGCCAUGGCGUAAUUUCCUUCAGCAAGAAAUUCGUCCACGUUGUGCUGCACUCGACCCAGGUGA